AUGGCCGACCUAGACUGCCCGAACAGGUUGUGGGACGAACAUUUAGGCGUCGCCAUCGACGUACAAGAGUUCAAAGACUGCAGCCGCACGAACAAAUGCGUCUAUUGUGGCAUGCUCUUGGAUAUCAUCACACACACUAAGCCGUCAUGGCUGGCCGACGAGUCCAGCACCCGCGAUCUCUCUAUUGCAAUCAAACUCCGCGAGCGUUGGGUAUUCAAUACAAACUUGUUUUUGCCAAACUCCAAGGGAUCGGGAUCAAUCCGACUCCUCGAAGAUGGACAGCAAAUUGAUUCUGUGCAGCUGUUCAAACCAAUCACGGAUGUUCAGAAGCUGUCUCUCAUAAGCUGGGAUAGGUAUGAGAAGCUUUUGUUCGGUGAGAGUCUUGACAUCGCACCCUCGUCCGAUUCGGACAUUGCCUUUGAGCGUGCUUCGCAUUGGCUCAAGAACUGCGUUGAGAAUCAUUCCUGUUAUGACGAUGCUCAACGCAGUUUCCUACCUAGCAGGAUGCUGCAAAUUGAGGAACCCGAAGCCGCCUCCUGCGUGCAACUCGUUGAGCGUUCAGCUGUUUCAGCCUCGCCAUACGCCGCACUGAGCUAUUGUUGGGGAAAAGACACAAGCGGUGUUCUUAUCACUACAAAAGCUAAUUAUUCCUCCCAUCUCAAAGGAAUCCCUGUGGCUUCUCUACCAAAAACUGUGCAAGAUGCCAUCACGGUCUGCCGUCGGCUGGGGAUUUAUCUGAUCUGGGUGGACGCGUUGUGCAUUGUCCAGGACGACGGCGAGGACUGGCGCCGUGAAGCAGAGAAGAUGAUCGAUGUCUACUUCAAUUCAUUCCUUACUAUAUCAGCCAACGAGCCCAACUCGUGCAAGCUGGGGUUUCUCGGCCCGCAAAGAUUUGGCUCCUCAGAAUGGCAGCGAAGUGUCCCAAUCCAAGUCCCACCAGGAUUAGGCGGACCUGCUAGCCAUCUUCUAUUCCGAGACAGCAAGAUGGAGCGCCCCAAGCUUUUCUCUCUAGAUUCUAGAGGAUGGUGUCUUCAGGAGAGCGUCAUGCCACGCCGCAGACUGGUAUUUGAUGGCUGCGAGUUAUCUUGGAAUUGCAUGGAAAAAAUGUUUUGCGAGUGUGGCCACCUCGACGAAGAAGCUUGCGGUAUAUAUCCCCUUCUUAGAACGGGUAAACACGCAGAUGAGGAAGAUGACGAUGAAGAGCUGAGCACUUAUGCUAAGCUACACUUGGAAUGGAUGGAUUUCGUCGAGCAGUACUCCCAGAGAGCUUUGACAAAGUCAAGUGACAAGUUGAUUGCCAUUUCAGGUGUCGUUCGGCUCUUUCAGACAAGAUUUGCCAACUCCAAGGGCAAUGAAACGGAAACAGACAAGGAAAUCUUAGGGUUGCUCCGAAACCUGGUCGUCAAAAAAUCAUACAUGCCUCCUGAAAUUGGUGAUGGUUACUUCAGUGGCUUGUGGAGAGAUUGUUUCAUUCCGAACCUUACCUGGACGGUUGAUCAUACUCUGCUAGAAAAGAGCGGCCGGAUGGAGCAUAAAAAGGUUGAAGAAUGCUUAGCUCCGUCAUGGUCUUGGGCCUCUAUUGAUGGUCCUGUGACGUUCCGGCACAUGGAGAUAUCGAUAGGAGUCUGGAGGGAACACAUGAAUCCCGAGCUUACGUUUGACGCCGUAGUCCACGAGACUUAUCGGAGAAUCGGUCUUGGCCUUUGGAACAAGGAUGAAGGUAUGCAAGAGGCGCCAAUGAACGGGGGUGACUAUGGAAUGUUUGUCGAAGCAAGCUACGAGGAAGUGAUCAUUGUCUAG